AUGUCUACUUCAGAAACGCAAAUCAAGAACGAAAUAGCUCGACUUACAGCAACUAUCAGCCAACACAAGCUUGGAUAUGUCUCCAAAGGACCGCCCCACACAGGAAGAAGCAACGUCUAUAUCAACCCGAACUACAAGACCGCACCGAAUAAGUAUGUUAGGCCUGGAUUACAAACUACCACCUCUGUCUCUAGCACAAGCACUCGAGUGUCGACACCCGUACCAAUGGCAUCGGCAUCAACAUCUUCAACGCAAACCAAGGAAGUCGUCUUGGGAGGAGUGGCAUUCGAAGCCUCGGCUCGUUCGUUAGUACGAAAGGACUUGCCGAAGCCACCUUCGUCAAGUGGGCCACCCAAGGCUGCGUACCAUCGACAACAACAACAACAAGAAGCUUAUGUCCGGAAAUCUGGCCACCUUAUCCCUAGCGGGCGGACGUACAAGCCGAAAUCUCGCCGUGGGGGAAGGAAUAUGACACUUACUAAUACCCGAAGACCUUAUCCGUGCGUGGGCGAGUUGUGUUUGGAUGGCGUUGUUGAAAGCGUUGAUUGUAGAUCUGGCCGGAGAGCUUCGGCGAAACGACAGAAGUAUUCUGACAAGCCUUGUCCACGGUUUACGACUACAGGUUCCUGUGGCCGUGGUUUGACAUGCAUGUAUCAGCAUGAUCCAUCGAAAAUUGCAAUCUGCUGGAACUUUCUGCAAGGCAACUGCACAAAGACGGCGGAAACAUGCGACCUGUCUCAUGACCCUACGCCGGAAAGGACGCCACUUUGCCUGCACUUCCUGAACAAGGGCCGGUGUACAAGACAGCGAUGCCCGUUCCCGCACGUCAACGUGGGUACUCGACAGGGGGUGUGCCGUGAUUUUGCGGUGUUGGGGUAUUGUGAACGAGGCUUGGACUGCGACAAGCAGCAUGUUAGGGAAUGCCCUGAUUUUGCCGAAAAGGGGACUUGUUCGACUAAAGGGUGCAAGUUGCCUCAUGUCAUUCGGGCGAAUCGGAACAGAAAGGUCGUGGAGCCUCCGACUGCGGUGACGACAAUGACGGAGACACCUGCAAGUGGAGACGAGGAGAGAGUGACUGCUGAAGCAGGGCAGCUUGGGGAUGAGUAUAUUUCACUAACAUUUAACGAGAGCGAUGAUAGCGACAGUGAAGAAGAAGAGUCUGAGGAAGAGGAUAGUAGUGAGGAGGGUAGCACGUGA